UUCAUUAAUGGUUUGUCCCUUUAUUUACAAAAUGGCAGACUUGCAACUUAAAAUUGCCCAAUAAAAUUUGACGUUUUGCCUAUUUAACCGGAAUAGAAUGCAAAUAUGGAAUCGAAUAAAAGACCCAUUUGUUCCCAGUCAGACGGAAAUGAGUCGAAGAAGAGAAAAAUUGUGCGAUCUUCUGAAAAUAAGGAAAAGCCGGCAAACUUCUUAGCAUCUUUGCACGUUUUUAUUUUGCAAGCAGGGAUCGAGAAAAUGCGAAUGAAUAUAUUUAAAACACAGCUUGAAAAGUACGGUGGUAAUGUAUUAAAUGACCUAACAGAUGUUGCAACUCAUUUAGUUGUCGAUGACAAAAUGGAAGCUGAUCGGAUGUGUAGACUUUUAAAAGUCAGUACCCCACCCACAGGUAUUUGCAUUGUAAAGUCAAGUUGGCUUAGUGGCUGCUUUCGACAAAAAGCUUUAUUAGACAGUUCAGAGUUCUUGCUGGAUUGUUCAAAAUUUACAACAACUAAGACUUUAAACUCAAAUUCUGGAGAUAAUGGAACUGAACAUCCUUCAUCUUCAAAAAGUUCAGAUUUAAACACAGCUGAUGACUCUGAACUUAAACCAGAAUUUCCAAAAGUAGGAGUAAUGUUUGGUCAUAAGACCAAAGCUAAUCAUUAUGAUAGUGAAGAUAGUGAUUACUGCCCAAGUGGGGAAGAAUCUGAGUUGGAAACAGAUUACUCGACUCCAUCAACCACCACAACACCUUCAACUUCUCCAAAGAAAAACUUGCCAGUUGGUAAUUGGGUGUGUGCACAAUCUUCAAAGACAGCUGUGGAGAACUGUAAUAAGCACAUUACAGAUAAGUUGGAGGAAAUGGUGAGAACUUACGAAUCAACAAAUGACAAAUGGCGAGCUUUUGGUUACCAGAAGGCGAUUCAAGUUUUGAAAAAGCAGUCAAAGCCGAUCACUUCCUAUGAGGAAGCUAUGGCUUUACCAAGUAUAGGAAAGCGACUUGCAGAGAAGAUAUGGGAAAUUGCUGAAAGUGGAGAACUACGCAAACUGAAUGAGCUUAGAUCUAGUGAUGAAAUAAAAGUGAUUGAGAUGUUUAAAGAUGUGUGGGGAGCUGGGGCACACACUGCUAGGACCUGGUACCAGCAGGGAUUUAGGACACUGGAAGACCUGAGGACGAAGGCAAAUCUGACACAUCAGCAGAAAGUAGGCCUGAGAUGUUACGAUGAUAUCCUAGACAGAAUGCCAAGGUCUGAAGCUGGGGAGAUAGAAAAAGUGGUGAAAGAUGCAGCUGAAAGCCUUCAGGAAGGUAUAAUAUGCCAAGCUUGUGGAUCAUACAGGCGAGGUAAAGCAACUUGUGGUGAUGUUGAUAUUCUUGUUACACAUCCCGAUGGAAAAUCUCAUAAAGGAAUCUUUGCUAAACUGUUAGCAAAACUGAAAGAUCAAGGUAUGCAUAAUAAGGCUUUCUUACAGACGACCUUGUCACAGCAGAAGAUAACGGGAACCAAAAGAAAUAUCUGGGUGUCUGUAAAUUACCUGGCGAAGGUAGAAAGCAUAGACGCCUGGAUAUUAUUGUCGUCCCAUAUGAUGAAUAUGCAUGUGCACUUGUAUAUUUUACUGGCUCCGCCCACUUCAACAGAUCUCUACGGCACCUCGCAAAGAAAAUGGGAAUGUCGUUGUCAGAACAUUCCUUGAAUGUCGGCGUUGUCCGAAAUGGCGCUGAGAAAAUAUUCGAAGGUACGCCAGUACCAACACCAACUGAAGAAUCUGUAUUAACACAGCUUGGGGUACCAUACAGACCUCCAGAAGAAAGAGACCAUUGAUUUAUUGGUGUGUGUGUGUGUGUUUGUGUGGAUAGAACUCCGGGCUCCUAGCCGGCAAGUCCUGUUCGAAUUCCACCAGAGGACUUUGGCCGCAGUCUUCAGACUGUUUAACACUUGUGCGAAUAUUUGUUUUAAGUGUAAAUUCAAAUAUUGAAUGAACUAAAAACAUUUAUAGAUUGUUCAACGUUCAAUAUAGAAGAAUUAAGGUUUGUUGUAAAUAUCCCAUUUACCAACCGGUAUUUUCUAGCGUUCUGUCGGGAAAACUGAAAUAUUACGCGAAAGGAUGGGUGCCUUUGAGUGACAGAGACUGUAAAAUUAUAAGUUAAUUAGAGGCCAUAUUUACAAUAUGCGAAAGCCCUGAAAUAUAAAAAAUGUAAACAGAACGUCAGAAAACAGCAGGAGUUGUCUACGGAAGGUUUCUAUAAAAGUCGUUUCUCCAAGAUUUAUUUUCGUAAUGUAAGCACGUUUGUUUUUCCAUGUUGAAAGAUGACGCUAUCAUAUUUCACAAGAGUGACAGUUUCAUUAUCUAUUUUUAAUCCAUUAUAAUGAUGGAAUGGCGUGUUCUGUUAGUAUAUAUUUUUUCACAUGUAAAUACAACAGGACUUCAAAGUCAGGUCAAUGGUUGUCAAUUAAAAGUCAUUAAUGACAUCAGAACGUACUUAAUGCUCUUUGAUAAGAACAAAAAUUCUCAUAUGACAACAAGAAGAAUGUCAAGGAUACAGUUGUUUACCGGCAUUACAAAAUGUCAUUCAAUGCAUUAAUAAAAUAAUUGUAAACAAAGUGCUAAAAUACAUAAAAUGCGCAUACAAAAUUUAGGUCUAUAUGGUCUGAUUUUUUGAAAAGAUUACUUGAUUCAUGUCUGUCAACUAUUUUGUUGUGAACUAUUCAUUUCUUAGGCAUCGUACACUAAUGAAAUCUAUGUAUGGUAUUUAUUCUCUGUUAAUCAUCUCAGGUUAUUUUAGUAUUUAUUUCUCAAUAUAAAAUGCCAUUUUUACUUCUGUUUAUGUGAUAGUAGAUGUACCUUUUUUUCAUGUUUUGUGUGAUAAGUUGUGCAGUUUUGAUUAAAUGUCUUUCAGUUUGAAAUGAAUAUACGGGUCUCUUUACAUAGGAACAGCUUUCCAUAUGUAACCUUUUACAGGUUAUAACAUAUUUUGUAGAGCAGUUUUAAAAUAAACUUUGGUAAGCAAGAAAAUGAUGUAUGAAAUAAAUCAUUACAAAAAUUGGCCAUUUGUGGGAGUACGGGCCAAAAUAUUUCAGCAGAAAUUCUCAAGUAAUCAUUCCAUCUUUAGCUCGACUUUUCAAAGAAAAUGUAGAGCUACUGCACUCGCCCCAGCGUCAGCGUCAGCGUCGGCGUCACCGUUGGUUAAAGUUUUUUAUAAAGUCAAAUACCUCAGUUACUAUCAGAGCUAUUGGCUUGAAACUUAAAAUAGUUAUUUACUAUCACAGUCUACACCUGGAGAAACAAUCCCCAUAACUCUGAUUUGAAUUUGACAGAUUUAUGCCCCUUCUUAACUUAGAUUAUUUUGGUUAAAGUUUUUGAUAAAGUCAAAUAUCUCUGUUACUAUCAAAGCUUUUGACUUGAAACUUGAAAUGGUUAUUUACUAUCAAAAUCUACACCAGGAGAAACAACCCCCUUAACUCUGAUUUGAAUUUUGACAGAUUUAUGCCCAUUUUUAACAUAGAAUUUUUUUAUUAAAGAUUUUGAUAAAGUCCAAUAUCUCUGUUACUAUCAAAACUAUUGACUUGAAACUUAAAAUAGUUAUUUACUAUCAAAGGUUACACCAUAACAAACAAUUCCCAUAACUCUUGAGUUUUGACAGACUUAUACCCCUUUUACUGGCAAAGCUCUAAUUCAGAGUCAAGCACUGAGAAAAGUCGAGCGUGCUGUCUUACGGACAGCUCUUGUUUUGUCAGCUGUGUAUUUCAUUUUUACAUUGGUUAUUUGGUUGUGUGUUUCCAUUUUAAGUGAGUAGGUAAGUCAGGAUACCUAAAAUAAAGCUAAAGAUAACAUUGUUA